CAAUAACCAAGGAAGACAUUUUGGAUUUUAAACGAGCUCAGUUAGUGGUUGACGAAAAUAUGCUCAGUUGGCAACACCAGUUAUCAUUGCGGUCACCAUGCUAUUUGGUUAGAAUGUAUCGUCAAAUGGGUUUGUUUGUCAGUUGUGCGCAAUGAAAUGGCGUCGUUCUUGUGAAAAAUUCCACGCAUUUAUCCCAAACCAUAUCUCCGCGCUUAUCUGCGAAUUCUGUUGGGAUAGGUUUCUUGCUGGCUCAGCUGUGUGUAUGUACAUCGAGAAGGCUCUUAUAGUUCCUGGCUGUCCUACGAGGAAUUCACCAAUUUAGCCUCUAAGUCCUAGGUCCACCAGGCAAUGUCAACAAUGGUGUACCCCAGGGAGGACCGUCUGGAGAAGCUGUCCCAGGAGGAGAUCAUCUCCAGCACCAAGCUGGUGAUCCAGGGCCUAGAGGCGCUGAAGAGCGAGCACAACUCAAUCUUGCACAGCCUGCUGGAGACCAUCCGCUGCCUGAAGAAGGACGAGGAGGCCAACCUGGUGCACGAGAAGUCCAGCCUGCUGCGCAAGUCAGUGGAGAUGAUCGAGCUGGGGCUGGGCGAGGCGCAGGUGAUGAUGGCCCUGUCUGCCCAUCUGAACGCUGUGGAGUCGGAGAAGCAGAAGCUGCGUGCCCAGGUACGUCGGCUGUGCCAAGAGAACCAGUGGCUGCGGGACGAGCUGGCGGGCACCCAGCAAAAGCUGCAGAAGAGUGAGCAGAGUGUGGCCCAGCUGGAGGAGGAGAAGAAGCACCUGGAGUUCAUGAACCAGCUCAAGAAGUAUGACGAGGAUGUGUCCCCUACUGAGGAGAAAGAUGGAGAGCCUCCUAAAGAUACACUGGACGACCUUUUCCCCAAUGAUGAGGAGGAAAACAGUCAAGGAAUGCCGCACCAGCAUAACAGUGCAGCGGUGGCCGCAGCCCAGCAGGGUGGCUAUGAGAUCCCGGCCCGCCUGAGGACCCUACACAACCUGGUGAUCCAGUACGCCUCCCAGGGCCGCUACGAGGUGGCCGUGCCCCUCUGCAAACAGGCCCUGGAGGACCUGGAGAAGACAUCCGGACACGACCACCCUGACGUGGCCACCAUGCUCAACAUCCUGGCCCUGGUCUACAGGGACCAGAACAAAUACAAGGAGGCGGCUCACCUGCUCAAUGAUGCACUGUCUAUCCGGGAGAAAACCCUUGGGAAAGACCACCCUGCGGUGGCUGCGACACUGAACAAUCUGGCAGUGCUGUAUGGAAAGAGGGGGAAGUACAAGGAAGCUGAGCCCCUUUGCAAGAGGGCUCUGGAGAUCAGAGAGAAGGUGCUGGGCAAGGACCAUCCUGAUGUGGCCAAGCAGCUGAACAACCUGGCCCUGCUGUGCCAGAAUCAGGGCAAGUACGAGGAGGUGGAGUAUUACUACUGCCGUGCCCUGGAGAUCUACGAGUGCAGGCUGGGCACUGACGACCCCAACGUGGCCAAGACCAAGAACAACCUGGCUUCGUGUUACUUGAAGCAGGGGAAGUACAAGGAGGCGGAAAUCCUUUACAAAGAGAUUCUCACCCAAGCUCACGAGAAGGAAUUUGGAUCCGUGGAUGCUGAGAACAAGCCCAUCUGGAUGCAUGCCGAGGAGCGGGAGGAGUGCAAGAGCAAAGACGGCUAUGGAGAUUAUGGCGGCUGGUAUAAAAAUUGCAAGGUGAACAGCCCCACUGUCAACACCACCCUGCGUAAUCUGGGAGCUCUGUACCGCCGGCAAGGCAAGAUGGAGGCCGCUGAGACUCUGGAGGAGUGUGCCUUGAGGUCCCGAAAACAGGGUGUGGUGGAGCUGCAGAGAGACGGAGACAGGAGGAGGAGCAGGGAGAGUCUGAGCAGCGUAAAAUAUGAGAGCGCCUCCGAAGCGGGGGAGGACGGCAGCGUGGACUGGAACGGGGCCUAAAUCAGCAGGAUGACCUUCCUCCGCCUCACUCUCCUCAACCAAUCAAGCCAAUCGAAUGAAAAUGGAUGUCUCUUGUCAUUUCCUCUGUGUGAAGCCUCUUCUAAUCUUUCAUGGAGGACUCCUCCUUCAUCCCCACUCCAAAUUCUGGCCCAAAACUGAUUAUCCCUUUUACCUCCCCAUCUUUCGCUUCCCAUCCUUUCGGUCUCUCUCACUCCCACGCAUGUUUUCUAUCUUCUUGCAUUUUCCACACUCUGCCCCUCUUCUCCUGGUCUCUUUGCCCUCUUCCUCUUGCGUUUUUCUUUAUCCCUCUCUCUAAGCCAUCUUGCUCUCUCGUUCAUGCCCACUCAUUUCUCUCAUGCUGCAUCACAUCUUUUAGCUUUUCUCUUGCUCUAUCCCUGUCUCUCCCUUCCUCUUGCUCUAUCCCUGUCUCUCCCUUCCUCUUGCUCUAUCCCUGUCUCUCCCUUUCUCUUGCUCUAUCCCUGUCUCUCCCUUUCUCUUGCUCUAUCCCUGUCUCUCCCUUUCUCUUGCUCUAUCCCUGUCUUUCUCUUGCUCUAUCCCUGUCUUUCUCUUGCUCUAUCCCUGUCUUUCUCUUGCUCUAUCCCUGUCUCUCCCUGUCUCUCUCUUGCUCUAUCCCUGUCUCUCCCUGUCUCUCUCUUGCUCUAUCCCUGUCUCUCUCUUGCUGUGUCAUCACUUGUAUAGUAUGUAUGAUAUUCUAACAAAUAAGAGAUGGUGGACAGUGGCACCAGAGGCCAAUUGAACACUGGAAACUAUCAAAGCUUUGGUUGUUUGAUUUUUCUCGUUUCUGUUCUUCUUGUAUGCAAAUAUGAUUGCUUUUCAAUUGAUCUUCAAAUUUUCUCCAAGCACAGUUAUAACGGCAUCAACUAUUAGUCCACUACCAAAUGAGACCAGUCAGAAUUUAUAUCUCAUUUUGUUAUCUCUCUAACAUUAUUGUCCACUGAAGAGCAACCAGCUAGAGUAGUGCUUUUUAUUUCGCUACAGCCAGCUUUUUGUCCUGAUAUUUGACCAGGAUUGAUCUACCUUGGUGCCUUUUUACGUUCACUCAUUUUGUUAACUUGCAACUUGUUUUAAGUGUGACCGUGACCCUUGUAAAAUAUUUAUGCAUACUAUUAUGUUAUAUGGGAGCAAAUGUAAGACAAUUUAAAAAAAAAUUGUGGCGCUAUUAUGAUUCCAAGUCACGUCGCCACUUAAAAGCACCUUUUGAGUUUACACAUCGAUUACUUGUUUUAUUGAGAUUAGUGUAUCUGUCUCCUGUUUUGUUUUUAUUUUGUUUACUUUUAAGUAUUUUCUUAUAUAGCAUAGUGUUUAUCAUAAUGCUUAUUUAUCUUUGCAUUGACCCUCUAAGCAAUUGCUGAUUAUUAUUAUAUAGCCCUAAGUUUAGGAAUGGUGUUGUCAGUGCCUGACUAUGGUAUUGACGUUUUAAAGCGGAACAGCUUGCUAACUGUAGAAUCAGUGUCUUUGAAUGGAAUGGCAUUGUGCAAAUUGCUUUCUCCAAAGCCAUAGCUUGGGAAAAAAUGUUUUCUCUAAUUAUGCGCCAAGCUAGAGAAUCUUGUUUCAUAUUUUCAAGUAGCCAUUGAAAAGGGACACAAACACCAGAGACACAGAAACACACAAAUUAAUGUACAUUGCCGCACAAGGAUGUUGUAUUUGAUUUUGUAAGCUUCUGAGUGGAAUUUCGUGAGGUCACUUAUUUGGUUUUAACUUAAUGGUCCUCUUGUUCCUCGCACAGCUCUCACUCUUGUUAUCGUCUCAUCUUAAAAGCCUACUUUACCCUGCUAUGACGUAAGGCACUCAUAACAGCUUAUGUUACUUUAUAACACCUAUGAACAGCCAUGGCCCACAUGAAACGACUAAGGUUAGCUAUCUUGUCAGCCAACAACCUAGUUACCUUGAACACAGUGACAUGUGACCUAGCUGGCUGCUCAUAAGCUAUAUGUUAUAAAUUGACAUCAGAUCUUUAUAAAUGCUUCUGAUGACAACAUUGCUAUGCUUAUAGCAGCUUAAAGAUCGGCUUUAGAUUGGGGGUUUAAGUUAGGUGUGAUUGUUGUGAGGCGUCGUUGAACAGUUAUGUUACCUGAAUGUAAAGAUUUUUCAAACAGCGCUGUAGCUUGAAAUGUACUCACUGAUAUCCACUAAUUAACUGUCCCAGUUUUUUUUGUUGAUAUUUCCCAUGUUUCAGUCACUUUAGUUUAGAAUGAGGGAAACUCUUUAUAUUAUGUAUUUUAGGCUGAAUAAGUGUAGUACUAGUAACUAACCUAGCUAGCCAGUCGUUUCAGCGUUAGCCAACACCACAAAAUUGAAGUUGCCUGUAUGCCAUGUAGUUACUCUAUAAGCACUUUAACUAUUUAUAUAAUAACUAUCACAAUCAGUGCCGGUAUAUACUAGUACAUAGUUUACAGAUAAUGUUGUUUUUAAGUGCAUGUGCUAAACCUAAACAGAUGCGGUACUAUGAGACACUUACUUCAAUUAAUUCAUGUGUAGUUAAAGGUAAUUACACUUAGUACCAUAUGAAAAUGCAAUUCCAUGUAACUGUGGCAUUUUGGUAUCUCGGUGUAAAGAGAAGGCUCCAAUGUUGCUAACCGAUUUAAAAAAAAUAAUAAUAAUAAUAAUCGGUGAUAUUGGAGCUAGCCAAUUCUGAAACACACUGGCUGUCCGGCUGGUAGGCCUAUGUAGUGGAGCGAUUUAGCUAUGUCACACUUUAUUUCAUUGGUCUGUCUGUAGAACGUUGUGCUCUCCAUUACUAAUACUCCUGUCAUGGUAUUGUGUAGGCCUACGUAUACCUUCCCUUUGUUGCAUUGUGAUGAAUGUGUCUCUUAACCUUGUUUGACAUUGACUGAAAAUAAAGACUUUCAUUUUGG